CUAAAAAUAACGCAGAAAAUUAUUACAAAUAAUAGUCUACCAUAUACAAAAAUAUGCCUAUAUACUCUAACAAGCAGUAAGGGCCAACCGUUUGUCCUGUGUCAACGGAGAGCAUCUCUGUCCGAUUCCAGCUGAGAAGCACUGAGCCAAGUAAGCGUGAUUUCUUUAAAACCCCUGCAAGCAAAGCAAGUUGAGCGUCCAGCAGCCAGCGUUCCAACCUCCAACUCAACUCACAGGCUUCACGGCGGACACACCUCAGAGCCCGGCUGGCGGCGGCAAAACCAUGCAAGAGAGGCUGCCGUUCCGUGCGAUUCGGCCGAGCAAAGGUGCCCUAGCAACUCUCUCUUGGGCAAAGGUGCCUCCUCCUCCUGAUUACUCACUCAAUACUCCUUCCAUCUUCUUUACUGUCAAAACCAAAAAUCUCGCAAAAGGAAAAACUAAUAUUUUUCACAUGGGUUCUACUUCAAAUAUUUUCCCUCAUCGGAUCAUGAAACCUAUUAGGCCCCGCUUGGAUCGUUGGAUUUUCCCUACACCUGUAACUUACCUGUCUCCAAUUGAAUACAUGCGACCGAGUUGUAUUUGCUUUCGGGUGUAAGCCGUGCUUGUAAUGUACUACCAUGUCACAAGUAUGUGAGGAGGAGGAGCGAGUCCACGUCGGUGGGGGUGACAGACUUGGCCGCGCCAUGACCGCCGGUGAGGAGUAGGAGUAGUAGGAGCGAGUCGACGUCACCAUUGUGGUCAGGUCACGACCGCUGAUGCCUACCCGCCGUCCCGGCGCUCAACCCCUGUCGUGGUCACCGGAGCCGGAGCCUCACCAUGUAGCGGUCGCUUCUUCCUCUCACGGACACUGGAGCCGGCGCCUCCCCAUCCUUGUGUCUGCGGCGGCGCAGCGCAGCCCUCGGCCUAGUCUUUCCUAGGUCGUGCAGAGCGAGGGAUGGGGGGAAUAAAAACGACCAGUUCAGGUCUGUAUCAUAUACCGGCCUAUUACGGGUGUAAAACGAAAAACCGGUGUAAGUUUUACAGCCCAAAACGACCAUCCAAUCACCUAUACGAAGCCCACCCGCUUUCUUUGUACAGGGGUGUAAUUUACAGGUUGUUUGGGCUGCGAAACGACCGUCCAAGCGGGGCCUUAGUGUUGUUCAUGAGAGCAAAGCUCACAAAACCUACUAGUAUUGUUCAUGACCUACUCAUAAGUUUUUUUUUCUCUUUGAAAACAAAAUAUGCAAGCUACAGGCUUGUGUACCAAUUGAUGCACGCAAUGACCAAACUUGCAGUAAACAUAGUAUGGACAAUGUUUUAUUCUUCAUUCAAACUUUGCAGGUGACAUGGCCAUUAGUCAAACGGCAAGGCUCGCCACCAUGCUUAUGCUACUACCGUUGCUGCUCAUUUCUUGCGGAGUCAGGAGCAUCCUUUGCUCAUCAAUGACGACAGUCCAUGAUAACAGCACGGACAUGAUCUCGCUGCUAGAUUUCAAGCGGGCCAUCACCAACGACUCAAGACAAGCCUUGAGAUCUUGGCACGGCAGCGUCCCUCUUUGCAGUUGGGAGGGCGUCCACUGCAGCUCGGGGCGAGUCACUAAGCUCUACCUCAGCAAACGAGGGUUGUUGGGCCGGAUAUCCCCCUCCCUUGGCAACCUAACGUUCCUUAGGACACUGGACCUGUCCAAAAAUGGAUUCACCGGCGAGUUACCUCCUCUCAACCGUCUCCACAGACUGGAAUACCUUGACUUGGGAAACAACUCACUACAAGGGACCAUUCCAAAUACUCUCACAAACUGCUCCAAGCUAUGGAGCCUAGACCUAUCUGCCAACUUACUAAUGGGUGAAAUUCCCCUUGGCAUAGGUCGCCUAUCCAAUCUAAGGAAAGUAUGGCUUUCCUCAAAUAAUCUCACCGGAAAAAUCCCGCCAAGCCUAAAAAACAACAGUCAGCUUGAAGGCAUCGUUCUUACUGAUAAUAAGCUCACGGGAACCAUUCCUGAUGAGAUGGGAAUUUUCUCAUCUCUUGUUAAUUUAGACCUUGCUGGAAAUAUGCUAUCUGGUGGAAUUCCAGAAACCUUGUACAAAUACAAUCAGUCCUCUCUCCAAUAUUUAUACUUAUAUUCGAAUAUGCUCGGGAAAACAGUGCCAUCGAACUUUGGUGACACCCUCCCGAAUCUUAAACAUCUCUGUUUGGACAACAACAAUUUUGAAGGUCAUCUCCCUGCUUCACUAGGCAAUAUUUCAGAACUAAGACUGUUAAACUUGUCGUCCAACAAUUUCAUUGGUCAAGUUCCAGGUUCGUUUGGUAAUCUUGCACUGUUAGAAUACCUAAUCCUUCAGCGAAACAAUUUUUGGGGCUUCCUCCCAAUAGAGCUUGGCGGCUUAAAGCAGCUCACCCAUCUGGAUCUGUCUGAUAAUAAUAUGCAAGGUGGUGUGCCAUGACACGGAGUAUAUUUGUUGAAAAUAACAGUUCCGUCUCACUUGGAGGCAACAUGGACUUUUUCCUUGGAGGAACCACUGGAUCUGCUCCCAUGUCCCGCCAUCUCUUGGAGAGAAGAAACACAGUAUGUACUACCUGAUUAUUGUACUACCUCAUUACAAUACUUGGUUUCACGCCACUCAUAUUCUUUGGCCUAUUUUAUGCUCACCAAGAAGACGUCAAGAGCAAACCUAUCAUUGUACUACCUGAUUAUUGUAAUUCACGCGGGCAAUAAACGAUCCACUGAGAUCGUGGCUCUCAGUGCUCAAUCAGCAAAACAGGUUA